AUGUCAAUUCCUUCACAGGCGGCAGCUCGAUCCUGUCGCACCCUCCUUCGCCAGUCCCCGUCUCUCCGUUUCUCCCCGUCUACAUGCUUUCCCCAAUGCAAACGAACAACCCCAGCUGCGGUCGGAACAAGGCGAUGGCAGUCCACCGAGGCGCCGACGGCGGCUCCUACAAACCCUAAAAUCACACAGAUUGUGGACCAAAUAAGUCAAUUGACACUGUUGGAAACUGCUGACUUGGUUUCGAGCUUGAAGUUAUGUCAUGUACACGCACAUUGGCUCGUUCUUGAUGAGAUUCUUUCAAUGAAGUCUGUUGGCAGUGCUGUAGCUAACCUCCGAUUCUCCGGUAUCAAGUCUCGUCUUAACAUUCCUGAUCUACCCAUUGGCGGUUUCGCAGCCGGUCCAGCGGCUGGUGGCGCUGCCCCAGCUGCCGCCGUGGAAGAAGAGGAGGCUGCCCCUGCCGCUCAGGAGAAAACAUUGUUUAAUUUGAAAUUGGAGUCGUUCGACGCUGCCUCGAAACCCAAGGUCAUCAAGGAGAUUAAAUCACUUCUCAGCUUGAGCUUGGUUGACAGCAAGAAAUUUGUGGAGGGCGCCCCGAAACUGAUGAAGGAAUCUGUACCUAAGGAAGAGGCCGAAAAGAUUGUCAAGACUAUGAAGGAUCUAGGGGCUAAGGUUGUCAUGGAAUGA